AUGCAACUCCUCAACCUCCCCACGGGGGUUCUCCUGUUCGCUUCGGUGGUGUCUAUAACUGCUCUCCCAGUCCAGUAAGCAUUCCUGUCUUCUCGCACAACUACUCAUCGCAUGAACUAACUCGCAAGUAGACAUGACAUUGCAGCACUUGAAGCCCGAGCUAUCAUCAAACCGGGAGGAAUGACUGGACUGAACGAACUCGUAACCAAAAAAAAGCCGAACUUUCCUGGUCUUGAGAAUUGGAAAGUCGCCGCAGCAGACCUGCAAUCAUGGUCGACUCUUCCAAAAAGGCCUACCAAUGUUAAGGCGGCAAAGGCCAGAAUCGCUCAGGCCAAGGCCAACGCAGCUCAGCGCAAACCUGCUGUAAAGCCUCCUCAAGCAGUUCCAAACGCGGGAGGGGCUCUUCCAAGAAAACCUACUCCGGCGGAGGCUCAGGCGUCUAAGGCCAGAAUUGCUGAGGCUAAAACCAGACUUGACGCGGCUCGGCUCGACCGGCUAGCGUACGCCAGUCUUCCAAGGAGACCUUCACCAGCUGUGGCUCAAGCAGCGAAGGCUCGACUCGCUCAAAUCCAACGUCCCGACGGCCCCAUCGCGAAGCGAGACCUCUCUAAUGAAGCCAACACACUUGAAGCCCGAACAACAACACCAACGGCCUUGGGCUUUGCGGAGUCCACACGAAAUCAGAAACUGAAGGCUUCCUCCUCAGCAUCAAAAGCAAAGGUCGAGACUCCCAAAGCGAAGGACUUUGCGCAAUACAUACGCACCGGUGAAGUAAGGCAAUCACCACCAACGACACCAAAGGCUGGAGAGUUCGCCCAAUGGAUGCGCAAUAAGCUAAAGGGUGACCAAUGACAAAUAGCCACUUUAGCCGAUGACGCUGCGGCGAUGUCGGAGUAUAUGAGAUAUCGUAUGCAGAAGGCUGAGGCGGAGACGGCGAAGAUGAAAGCGAUUAGUGCGAAGCUUGAUAAAGCUCGUCAAGCUCGUCAAUAA